AUGGAAACGCUGUUGGAGAAUAAUUCCAUGAGAGAAACCGAAUGCGUUAGUUUUGUCGCUGCAUCAGCCGAAUCUCGAUCUGGGUCUCAAAGGCAGAGCGCUUCUGAGAACAACGAAUCGCAAAUUAUAACAAGAAGUUUGGAAUGCCUUAUCAAUGCUCAAUUAUGCCCAGGCAAUACUAAAAAUGAACAAAGCGCGAAAGGCUCUACAGAGGAGCAGAAAGGAGUUGCUGAAGCUGCACAGGAAAAUAAAAUGAACCGCGUAUCAUCUGCUGAUGUUGAGCAAAGCAAGGAGAAGUUGGAAACUGCUGCGAAUAUCCAAAUCUGCACAGAAGAUGCGAAACUCAACUUUAAAUCAAAAAGAUACAAUGAUGAUGUUAACGAAGGAGUUGAUGUGCGAAUUGAACAGUGCCGUGUCGCAAUUGAACCCACAGGGUUAAACUUCAAAAACGAUGGUGAUGCAGCAAAUUCUGAAUUGUUGCAAACCACUCAAAGCAGAUCGCAAUCGGUCUUGAACAGAGAAGAAUGUUGUUCUGACGGUAGCUCAGCUCGUAAUGAUAAAUCUGGCGAGUGCAAUCAUGAAGAGUUUGUGAGCGAAGAAAGAAUCAUGUCUUUGAAUGUAGUAUCGAAUUAUGCAUGCACACAAGUUCAAUCUACAUCAAAUGCACCUAUUCACUCGCUAGGCGAUUAUGAGAAUAUAGCGAACGGAGUUCAAAUAGAUACAGGUAGUUUGUCUUCUCAUUAA